AUAGCGGAUGAACGUACAGGUAACUUGUGCUUCCCAGAACCUCCUCAAGAACGCCUUGUAGUCAUUGGAGAAGUUGGCACCCGAUCCAGUGAAAGGAGAGCAGUUGCCAACAGACCAUUCACCGACAAUAGUCCACAAAUAAAAGUUGCGAAUCGCGGAAGAGCGGGCACAGGCGGCUUGUACUUGUUGGUCCCAGGAGCGAGAAACUUCACCCUGACUAAAUACGCCGUAGUAGUGCGUGUCUAUAUAGGAGGUGACAUAAGUCAAGGGUCGGUAACUGUUUGGCGAGAAGCCGGUCCAGUAGUCAAGAGGCUGGAAAGCAUCGUGGAUCACCUCAAGAAUAGCACCUUGUUGAGAUGUUCCAUAGGGUAUUGUCUCGUGACGCUAAGCACAUCAUUUCCAAAGAAUCCAGCUGGUCUGAUGAUCGCUUCGUUAAAUUGUGCCUACGCCUCAGUUCAGGAAAGUUGCUUACUCGUUCAAGGGUGCGAUUCCAACAACGACAUCAGUUUGGCUAGAGUACCAGCUGGCAAGAGUCUUGAUAAUAUUAUUGCACCUCUGUACAUUGCUGGCGUUCGUGUGCCACAAUGGAUACGACUUCUUUUGACCACUGUUAUCAAAGCCAUUCUAGAGAGUCGGAGCACCGUGCAAGUCAAUAAUGAUCUUCAAUCCAAGCUGGCGGGCCCAUCCAAUAGCACUGCAUGA